AGAACCCUGACUCGGCAGCACAUGAUCCGAUCCGAUCCCAUGACACGAACCCUGCCCUAUAUAUAAUAGUCAAACCCGCGGCACCACUUUCCUCCCCGCAUCACUUUGUUCGCCGACUUCAUCCCGGGCUCUGUGUGUUUUCUCCUCCAUUUCCCGAUCUGUGCGGCGGCGUGAAUGUGGCAGACGCAGCAGGUGGACCGCGGUGCGGGUGUGCGGCCAUCGACACGCAUCAGAGUUUCCGCUCGCGGCGGCUGCGAAGCAGUGCCCAAGAAUACGAUGGGGGUGACAAAAUCGCAGAGAGUGGCGCCGUCGCUGGUGGUGGACCCGGUUGGCGGCGACGGCGCCGCAGUGGCGCUCGAACUGGGUGCUGUGAAGCAGGAGCCCGUGUGGAGCAGCAGUGAGGCUGCUGCGGAUGCGGAUGAAGACGGACAGCUGAAGAAGCGGUCGCAUUGCCUGGCGUGUUGUUCCGUCAGGGGUCUGCUGGAAUUCCUGGUUGUGUUGGCAGGCUUAUUGUUCAUUGCCCUGAAGAACAAAGGUGACAUUGCGAUUCAGCCCUGGGGCUUUUAUUGCUCUGAUGCAAGUUUACAGAAGGUUGAAAACGGCGACACUAUUUCGCCAUUGAUGCUUUUGUCGGUAUCAAUUCUUGCUCCAAUUAUUUUGGUGGUUGUGAAUGAAUUCAUGGUGGAAUCGGCAACAAAUGGGUUCUCGUGGCGGCGAGGGUUCAGAAGAAGUCGGGGACCCACCGCAGUGUUUUUCCUUGCAAUAUUUUAUACGGCUGUCAGCACUGACGUGCUCAAAUUUUAUAUGUCAAUGCCUCGUCCGCAUUUUUUCCAAACUUGCAAACCCAAGUUUGACGAGGACGACUGCUUAGCAAAUAGGUUCAUCACGGAAUUCACAUGCACAGCUUCAGGGUCGAAAAGUAGAAUCAUCGAUUCGCAGCAAAGUUUUCCUUCGGGACACGCGUCGAUUUCUGCUGCUGCUGCCACUGCGGUCAUUGCAUACACUGUAGAAAGAAUCGUCUGCAAGUGGCGACAGCAUGGCGGCUUGCACGCAGUCCGUCGCAGCGACGGAUCCCCUGCACUCGGAAUAAUGGGCAUUAAUCGAAUGGUACCCGGCGUGAUUUGCGUCUGCAGUUUUGUCUGGGCCAUGGUUUGUGGGUUGUCUCGUGUCAAGGAUCAUAGACACCACUGGUGGGACGUGCUGGUUGGGGCUAUUAUUGGAGUCCUCGUCGCACUCAUCAGU